AUGGGGAAAGAGUCGUCAAGCCAGGCACAGGAACCCGCCGUGGUGGUAGGUGUGCCAGCAAGUCCAUCUGCCGAUGCGUCUGCAUCGUCUGAUAGCGACGGCGAAGUCGCCAAGGUACACCAGUUCAACGAGCAGACGAACUAUGUGCCCAAAAGAACAAUCAUUACGAUCUUUCUCGCCUGUGCCAGCGUUGAUCUGUUAGCUUUGAUGGACCAAACCACCCUCGCCACAAGUUUAACGUCUACCGUGGGACAAUUGCUAUACGGCCGACUCUCCGACAUUUGGUCCCGCAAAGUAGUCCUGCUAACUGGGCUCGCCAUAUUCUUUAUUGGAUCUUUGGCAUCGUCUCUUGCUCAAUCCGUGCUACAACUGACCGUCUUCCGCGCUUUUACUGGCAUUGGAGGCGGUGGCUUGAUGACUGUCGCGCAACUCAUUGUCAGUGACGUCGUGCCUUUGCGAGAGAGAGGAAAGUACCAAGGAAUUCUGGGUGCCGUUGUAGCCAUUGCAAACGGUAUUGGCCCCGUUAUCGGUGGUGCUCUUUCGUCCAAGUCCUCUGAAUCAUGGCGCUGGAUUUUCCGUCUCAAUCUUCCAUUGACUGCCCUAACGACGGGCUGUGUCAUCUUUUUCAUGCCGUUAAAGAAGGUCCAGGGAGAUUGGAAACUAAAAUUAAAGGCUGUCGAUUUCGGCGGAAUCUUCCUGGCAUUUGCCGGCAUGACCAUCUUUAUUCUGGGCAUGACUUGGGGAGGUCGCGAAUACUCGUGGAAUUCCGUACAAGUCAUCACCACCAUGGUGAUUGGUGUGGUUGUCUCGAUUGGCUUCGUUUUGUGGCAGUGGAAAGGACCAAAGUAUCCUCUUGUGCCUCUCCAUAUUUUCAAGUCCAAGAUCGUCAACGGCGCAUGCCUAACAAUGGCCAUUAACGGAUGGAACUUUGUCAUGCAAGUGUACUAUGUCCCGUCCUUCUACCAGCUCGUCUAUGGAUACUCUGCCACAAAGUCAGGAGCUCUUCUUCUUCCCAUCACCAUCCUUCAAACUAUCAGCAGCACUCUUUCCGGCUUGAUUGUACACUGGAUCGGCAGGUACCGGGAAUGUAUUUUAUUUGGCUGGGUAUGCUGGGCCGUUGGCCUUGGUCUCAUGUCGACUUUGGACGAAACCACCGGACUUGGUAAACAGAUUGGUUACGCUUUACUGAUUGGUGUUGGAGUUGGCAACACACUACAGCCGGCAUUGAUUGCAACACAGGCCGGCGUUGAGCGCCGCGACAUGGCAAUCGUUACCUCAUUUCGCAACAACAACAUUCUGGCUGGAGCAUUUUCAUCCCUUAACCUGGAUGCAAACGCAGCCAAAGUCCUACUCAGCAACCCACAAGAAUAUCUCCGAGAAGUGUCUCCAGAAGAAGCCGACCGUGUCAGAGCUAUUCUUUUCCCGGCAUAUAAACGAGGGUUCCGUAUUAUUUUCAUUAUCGGUGCAUCAUUGGCCGCAUUUGCAUUUGUCCUGGCAUUUUUCCUCAUGCCGCAGGUAGAGUUGAGUCGACCGGAUGACCAAAAGUUAAAGGAGGAGGCGCAAAAAGCUCACGAUGAGAAGAAGAAAAAGAAGGAGGCAGCUUAG